UCCUUUUGUCAGUCGCACCGAGGGAUGGAGCUGUAUCGUCUGCUGGUUCCCGGCCUUGUGUGCCUGGUUGCGCUCAGGGGAGUAGCUUCAGUGCGAUUAUACCCAGACGAAGUGAGCAGCCUCUUGGAGCUGGCUAGCUGGUGGAACAGCUUCCAGGGCAGCGAGACAUGGCAGAUGCGUUAUGCGGACUGCAGGGCACUGAAUGGCAUUCUCUGCAACCGAGACGGAUUCGUCACUGACAUAGUUUUACAAUCGACAAGCUUGUAUGCACCAAUACCCGACAUAAUCAGCCGGUUUCAGCACCUCACACGCCUGUCACUCCCCUUUUGCCAGCUCAUGGGCACCCUUUCUGAAUCCCUCUUCAGCCUCACGUCGCUCAUCGUUCU